AUGCUCAUUGCUUUACAGCGUCAAUGGGAAAAUUCAAAAAAGGUGAGGAAAAACCACUGAAUAACACUUGUGGAGUGGCCAUUUGCAGCGAUACUCGUUACAUUUCUCUAAUGGGAUGUGGCGUUAUGGGUACUACUCCUCCAUGCUAUAUAGCUCCAGGAAAUCUCUCGAAACCAUAUCCACAUUGCUGUGAUAUAUUGGUCUGUCCACACUCUCCAGAUGAAUAGCAGAUGCCUAUCACCAACAGCAAAUACAUUAGUUAAAACAUUCAAAUACUUGUAUAUUGUAUCAUGUUAAUUAAGUAAAAAACUUAAUUAUGAAAUGCAUAUGUAAUAUAAUAGUUACAGCAAUAGAGUGUUCAAGAAA